ACAUAUGUAUAUAAAAUAGAAAGCAAUCUUGUUUUCAGAUUUAUUUGAAAUUUCUCAGCUUAAGCAAACACAAUGUCCCGAAUCUUGGAAAUAAGAGCGAUUCUUUUGAGCUGCAUCCUCUAUGGCGUUGCAGGCCAGGAUUGGAUGAGAACUUUUAAAGUGGUCAAUACCCCAAUUCCGCCUUUGAGUAAUUUUCAAAGUGCAGGAAACGAACGUUGCGGCUUGAGCAAUCCGGAUGGUCUGGGGAUCGAUGUGAAAGUAACCGGUGAUUACACUAGACCAGGUCAAUAUCCCUGGGUGGUUGCCCUCUUCAACAGAGGACAAUUCUUCGCAGGUGGUUCCCUAAUUAAACCGGGAGUCGUCCUAACCGCCAGUUAUCCACUAGAAUCCAAGGUAGCGGAGGAUAUUAUAGUCAAAGCGGGAGCUUGGAACAUUUCAGCCCUAGCCGAACAGUUGCCACGCGAGGAGCGCCAGGUGGACAGUAUUGUGCGACACGAGAAUUUCACGUUUGGCUUUGGAGGGAACAACAUCGCACUCCUGUUCCUCAGCUCGCCGUUCGAGUUGAAGACUCACAUCCGAACCAUGUGUUUGCCCAGGCAGAGAAAGCCCUUUGAGCAAGGACGCUGCUUUGUCGCCGGAUGGAGGUAUGAACCGUGGCAUAGCCAACAACUCGGUUUGCAAGAGCAAAUUCCAGUAACUUUGGUCAAUCGAGAAAUAUGUCAGAAUAAGUGGAGAAAAGACGGCUACGACCCGGAUUUCGUGGUGGGAAACGGAUUGAUCUGCGCCGAAAGAGUAGAUCACUUGAGUGCUUGCACAUUCUUCAGAGGAUCUCCGCUCUUCUGUCCCACGGAGGAAGACCCAGCACGCUACGAACAGGCCGCCAUCGUUGACUGGGGCUUCGGGUGUAGUAGCCGCCUCCCGAAAGUGUACACAAAUGUGGCUUUUUACCGCAAUUGGAUUGAUCAACAGGUGGCCAAUAAGCCGCAAUUUUAGGAUCUCAGCAGUUAUAUAAAAUGUAAAUACACAUGUCUUAUAAGAAAUAUCUUCUUUCAGCUACAAAUUAAACAAACGGGUACCUUAUGUUAA